GUUAUGGACACCCGGAAGUGAAGCGCACGUUGUCAUUCUGCAUGCUUCAAGCAUGGAGCACAGUGCUCCCUAUCCCGCUCCUGUUCUUCGUCCUCCGAUGUUCACAGCUCCCCCAGACUCCGGGCAACAUGUAUCGUGGCCCCCAACACCGCCGCCCGUCCAGGCCUAUGGACACUGGCCGCCUGCUUGUCCCCAGAGCCCCUGGCAUGGAGGAUGGAAUCUGUGGGGUCCCCAGCCGGGUUAUACCCCCAAUGUGUCUCAAGGUGGGUCUAAGCAGUAUGGUCAUGGAAACCACAUGCAAUUAGGAAAUGGUUGUUAUGGAAACAAAGGACAUAAGAGAAAACAGAAAAAAGAACCAGUUUACACACAUUUCUGUGAUACAUGUGACCGGGGCUUUCAUAACCAGGAAAAGUAUGAUGAGCAUAUCUUGCAGCAUGUGAAGUGUCGGGAAGCAGGCUGCAGUUUCAGUGCACAUGAGAAGCUAGUACAAUUACACUGGAAAAAUAUGCAUGGACCUGGAGCCAAGCGAAUUAAGCUGGACACACCAGAUGAGAUUGCCAAGUGGAGGGAAGAGAGAAGAAAAAACUUCCCAACAUUACAGAACAUUGCACGGAAACAUCAGCUCCAGAAGGAAAAAGAAGAGCGAGGAGAUGUGCUGACGACAACUCAGUUUGGGAAAAUGAAGGGGAUGAGGACUGAACAAGCAGGCAGUGCUAAAAAUAAGCGAUUUUGGAAACACAAAAAGCAAAAAAACUUUCAAAACAUGUGUAGAGGCAAUGAGAAACCAAAGGAAGAGUUGAUGGAGCCUAAAAAUGAAGAUGCCCCUGAGAAGAAAGUUACCAGUCAUAGUAGUGAGAACACUGUGAACCCUUUGGAUAUCCUGGUAGGCAGUGGCCCAGAAUCUGACAGCGGUGAAGAACAGAGCAAUAAUGGUUUAACUGUCAUUCCUAGGCAGGUGACAUCCGGUCUGAGUAAUCUGAUGUCUAGUUAUGGGAGUGCAUCAGACAGUGAGCCUGAUGAACUUCCUCUUAAGACGGUGGCUAAAGCUUUAGAAGACAACAAGAAAAUCCUUGCAAAAGUCACCCAAAAUGUGUAUUCUAAAGCGGCAAGCACGAAGCCUGAACAGACCCUAAAGACAUCAAACAUGGGCUCCCAAAGCAGGCCACCACAUAAUAAAGUUCAGACUAAUUAUAGGCAAAACCUAGCAGAGAAAUCAUCCAGACCCAGAAAACGACCUACUCUUCUAGAAAUGCUGCUGGCACGGGACAUACGCCAUGAGAGGAAUGUGGUUUUACAAUGUGUGAGGCACAUCUGCCAAAACAACUUUUUUGACCAAUCGCUGGCUGGCACUAAACAUGUGAUAAAUGACCAUUCUCCAAACACAGAGGAUUUGGGAAUUACAGAGACUAAAGAUGAUGACCUGAGAAAUGGGCGAGGUGAACAUACGGCUAAGGGGAAGCCGAGCCCAGGCCCAUUCAUGAGGCAAUUACAACCUUUGGAUGAUGAAAUCUGGGAGACAAAUGUUAGCUGUAUCGAGACAUUUGCUGUUUAAUUUAUAGGAUGCAACUUUUUUU